AAACGAAGCAUUGCAUGAUCAUACCAAAAUAACCUUUUAAGAAAACAUUCAAUGGAAAACCACAAAAAUAGUUUAUAUAAAUAAGGACGGUUGUUGCAACGAGGCAGUCGAUCUACAGUUUGUAAACACCUGCUUCGACCAUAUCUUCACGAAGAAAAUGUCUGACACCCUCACAGAUAUCAAAGUCUCCCAGCAGCAUGAAUCAAGACCGGCACCUAUUGCAUUGGGUAUAAAUGUGGAAAAACCAAAGUUUCCUCAGUAUGCUGUCUACUCAAAACGUCUGGAGUCUUUCGAUGCCUGGCCGGAAUACCUGCCAGUACAGAAGAAAGAUAUGGUCGAAGCAGGUCUGGUAUAUACAGGAGUAGGCGACAGUGUGCGAUGUUACUUUUGUGGCGGCGGUUUAAGAAACUGGGAGAUUGGAGACGUGCCAAUGGAGGAACAUGCAAAAUGGUAUCCAAAAUGUCCGCAUAUUUUACUGGUUAAAGGACAAGCAUACAUUGAGAAACUUUCACGAGGUGAAAGGCCAGAGACAGACGGAGCAGAUGGAAUAAGCAGUAAACAGGAUUUGGCCGAUGAAAUCAACCACAUAGAGACUGUGGCAGCACAAAGUUGCAUAGAAAUGGGCUACUCCAAAGACAUUGUUGCUGAAGCAAUAACAAUUUUCAUUUCCAAAAAAGAAAAUACUGAUUUCAAAGGUACAGAUUUGUGCGAAAUUAUUUUUGAGAUAGAGGAGAAUCCUGAAGAACAUGAAAAAAGCAUUGGUGGUGGAAAUGCAUUCACUGAGAGCUGUGAUAAAGCCAAUCAUGCAAUAGAGGUUGAUGAGCAAUUAGAACCAAUAGAAACUCUCCUAGAAGAAAAUCACAGAUUAAAAGAGAAUCAGAUGUGUAAAAUAUGUCUUGACAGCAGAGCUGAUGUAAUAUUUUUACCAUGUGGUCACAUGGUCAGCUGUCCACAGUGUGCUCCAGCUCUUGUAAAAUGUCCCGUUUGCCGACAAACUGUCAAUGGACAAUUGAAAGCAUUCUUUUCUUCUGUGAUUAACUCCAAUAAAUGAUGACGUUGACCCUAGUAGACUUCCAUAAUGCCAAAAAAAAUAAAGUAAUAGAUAUUACAUAAUGAAAACAAGUGUUAUGAUUUAAAUUCUUACAGUAACUAAGUAAACAUAAUCUUUCUCUUUUACACUUUUCGAUGUUUAUGCAUGUUUUCAUAAAUUGUCUACUAGGGUUAAAGUAUCAGAACUACACUACGACUAGUGCAACAGGAGUACUGCAUCAAUAUGGAUAUUAGUUUUACCUACGAAUAGUUAGAAUUUGUAUUCAAUUAUAUGAAUUAAUCUACCUCAAAAUUACUAGUCAUACGUUCCUAUGGGAAUAUGUUGACUCUGUUCGAAAUACAGUGAAUGUUGUUUGAAGUUAUAUGUUACAUAUAGAAGAAAAUUGUUUUGUUUGCA